UGCUUGUAGCGUGAACGGCUGGCCCAGGACCUGCAGGCGCGCCAGGCCCAGGUGUGCAGCCUGGAGGGCCAACUGGAGGCCGCCCACACACUCACCGGCAACCUCACCAAGGAGGUCAAGAGGCUGGAGGCAGAGCUGGAGAAACUGCAGAGAGCCAACGGCUCCGGGGACUCCAUGUUGUUUUCCACUCCCUGCUGGAACAUGGCAUCACCCUGGGAGCACAACAGUUCCAAACUGGACGAGAGAGCGGGUCACCGCGGAGAGGGAGAGAGCAGACUGGCGCAUGUCAGACAGCAGCUUCAGUUCUCCGACAGCCCCAGGUCUGUCAGCGCGGGAGCGCCCUCGCCGUUCCCCCAGCAACCGCACAAGGCCACGCCCGGCCGCCGGUCCACACGCAACCCGGACGCCUCCACUCCCACCGCGGUGUUUCCGUGGGAACGAGAUGACACGAGGUCCGUCCCAAGAGGGAAAACAGCAUCCUCUGCGACCCUCAGCGGCGAGCUCAUUAGCGGGUUUCAGGAUGCACUGGGGGAUUGUGGGAUGGAGGAGGUCCUCAGAAAGGAGAGAGAUGCCCAAACGCUGAAGAUCCAGGAGCUGCAGACGUGGGUGCAGUCUCUGGAGAAGGAGGUGCGUGCGGAGGCCGAACGGUUCAAGGAGAGCGAGGCGCGGCUGGGCGAGGCUAAGCGGGAGCUGGCCGGCAGGGAGCAGAGCCUGAUGCGCACCAAGGACGAGCUGGGCCGCGCACACACCCUCAUCAGCCAGGAGAGGGACCGGGCCCAGGCCUCUGAGCAGCGGGCGAAGCAUCUGCAGGAGGAGCUGAAGUGCCAGAGGCAGAAUGCUGAGACCAGCCGCUGCAACGCCGAGCAGAAGAGGAAGGAGAUUGAGAGAGAACACCAGAGGGAGUUGCUGGAGCUGCAGAAGGAGCGGCAGGCUCUGGAGCGGCAGCACCAGCAGGAGUCCCACAAACUAAACCAGGAGAUCCAGCAGGCCAGGACGCUACACCACACAUUACAGUCACAGCACGACAAGCUGGGUCUGCAGAAGCAGGCUGUGGAGCAGGAGCUGGACUUCAUCAAAGGGAAGCUGAAAGGCACUGAGUCGGAGCUCCAGGACACUCAGAAAAGAGAGGCCCAGACGCAAGCUAAGCUAACGGAAGCGCUCAGGGACAGCGAGAGCCUCACCGUGACCAUUGAGCAGCUGAAGAGGAAGGAGAGGAGCCUGGAGGAGGAGGUGAAGAGGCUCUCUGAGGAGCUGGCUGACGCACUACGCCGCCUUAAAGAGCUCCAAGACCAGCCUCCUGCUCCUGCAGCUGUCAUAACGCCCCCCCAGUACUCCUCCUGUGGCGACAGCUUCAACCCAGUGGUCUCUUACGAUCGCCCCAGUCCUCACCAAACACAAACCCACAAGAAGAAAGCGCUCAAAGUGGACAGAACCAAAGAGGAGGCGAUCCAGAGGGCAAAGUACCCCUCCGAUAGGGAGCCGGGGGAGGGCAUCGAUUCUGAGCAAAUCAAGGAGUUUGGCUCAGAGCAGCCCGCAAAGGGCAAGAGAAAAGAGGGCAGGAGGGAGAAAGAGGGAAGGAGGGAUGAAGAGUCAGACCAGACGGAUGAAGCUGGAGAGGUUCUGUCUUCUGCUCUGGAGGAGGACGCCAGCAGUGAUGAGGGAGGGACCAAUCAGCUUUGCCCAAAGUCACAGCUGACUGAAACCCUAAGCAGCAGCACUUCACCAGAAUGUUCCAGAAGCAAACCCACUAUCCCAUCGCCCAGCCAAAGUCCCAACCGCGGAGGUGGGCAGACGGACCUGAAGCGGGAGAAUGUGGCGCUCCGCGAUGAGCUCCGGGACACCAAGCAGGAGCUGGAGCGUCGCCUGGACGACCUGGAGAGCCAGCGUCGCGCCGAGGCGGAGGCCCGCACCAAGCUGAAGCAGCUGAGCCGCAAGCACUCCACCCAGACGGAGCAGCUCCACCACAGGGCCCAGGAGCAGCAGGAGGAGUGCCAGCGGCUGGAGCGGCAGCUGGAGGAGGCGCUGGAGGGGCGCCCGGGAGGCGGGGCGCCUGGAGGGGCUGGGGCCGGCUGA